AUGGUAGGGCAAACCCAAUCGACAAAAGUGUUGUCGUCCUCAACGUCUCAAGUUGGUCGAGCACGUGUUGACCCUAAGCGAAGGUACGGCUUCGCAAAUGCCGUGGCAAAGGGUUCGUUGGCACGACGCGUGGGUGUAAUGAGCGAAAGUGAGCUUUGCAACAUCCGCCACAUCCUUACUGCUGAUGAAGACAGCUACAACGCAUAUCGCCGCCAUGUGGAUGAACAGCGGGCGGAAGCAUCGAAGGCACGUGUUGCUGACUGGCCUGAUACUCUCCAAGCUAAGCAGGAAGCAUUUUUACGCCUCCGUGAACAGGAAAAGAAAGAGGAGGAACGCCGCAAAGCAAUGCUGAUUGAGUUGAGUGGCCAACACCAGGAAGAGGAAAGGAAACAAAAGCAGGCACAUAUGGCGAUGAAACUGCUUCAGGAAGACCCACGUAGCCAUCAUGUGCGUAGUCUUAUUCUGCUGGACGAAGCGAUAAAGGACCGCGAUGCGCAGCUUGCCGUGAAGGCGCAGGUUAAGAAAGCGGAGGAAGAACAACAGAAGAGGGAGCAGGAGAUACUUAUGAGCGGGGCGCACGAUCACAUAUUGAAGGAGCAGCAGGAGAAGUAUGACCGCAUCGCCCGUGAAGUAGAUCUCAAGAAUAACCACCUUCAACAGAUGAUGUUCCAGAUUGCUGAGAGAAAGAAGCUGAAGGCCUUGAGCAAGGAUGACGCGAUUGAGGCCAAGCGUGCAGCAGAGGAGGAGGAGCAGGAAAAUUUGGAAGAGUUCAUGGACAUGCGGAAGAAGAUGGCAGAGGUGGACAAAUACAAUCGAAGUAUAGCGAAACCACCGCUUUCUAAGCAUGGUCGCCUCCUGGAACGCAUCAAACGCGACGAACUUGAGGAGAAGGAGCACUCAAGACAGGAACAGGCCCUUGAAGAGGCCAAGAAGGAUAUUAAAGCACGGAUUGAAAGGAAGCGGGAAUACUUUGAGAGGGCCAAGGAAAUCAGCCACAAAGCGUUUGAAGCGGAGCACCGUGCGACGCAGCAAAUUGCACAAACCCAGGACGUGUUUGAGAAGCGGUGGACUGAUAUGGUUGGUCGUAUGGCUGCUGACGAUGACGCGCGCAAGCAGCAAAUGGUAGAGGAGCGGCGGCGCAAGGCAGAAGAAUUGCGUCGCAGGACGAUGGGUGAGGUGGAGCCAGAGGUGCUUCCAGAAAACAUCCGUAAGGCACAAACACACCGUGCUGGCUUCAUGGACGAUGAGGAGGCACGGGCUUAUCAAUUAGAGAUGCGAAAGCACCCGGAGAGGGUGCGGAUGGAACAGCGGUUAGAAGCGGAGCGGCUGCGCAGAGAGGCGGAAUUGCUGCAACACAUCCACAAGCUGCAAGCGGAGGAGAGAAAGGAGAAUGAGCGACGUGAGGAAGCAAUGGAAUUGGAAGCGCAGCGGUUACUGGAGGAGGCAGUAAAGGAGGAUGAAGAGCGCUAUAGGGCAUAUGUGGAGUCGCAGUUACCAGCCAACAUGAAUCCUUACCUGCGUCAGAAAGCAAUGGAGUUGCACGUGUAA